CCCAAUGUAAAACCAAUACUCAGUCAAAAUUAAUUAUCUCAUUCAAAAUGAUAAAGUUCAUUAUCAAGUCAUUGUUUCUACUCUAUCUAAUCCUACUGAUAUCAAAACUACAAUGAACAGAUAUUCUGAACUCAAAGAUUUUCAUGAAUAAAUACUCAAAAAUAUUAAUUUACUCAAACUUUAAUUGUAAUUACCUGAAUUCCCUAAAAGAUCAAUCUUUUCUAAAACUAAUAAAAAUUAAGAAAAAAUUAUUCAAAGAUAACAAGAAUUAGAAAUCUAUUUCAAUCAACUUUUUAGCAUUGAUAAAAUACUUAGUUUACCACCUGUAUAAUUGUAUUUACCCAUUUAAACCCCAUUAAAUUAAUAGUAUAUAUUUUAAUCUAUCUCUAGAAUGAAAAUCUCAAUCUCAAUUGAAAGUUACACAGUAUAUGAUGAUGUCGUUAUCUAUUCUAUGAGAUUUAAAAAUAGAAUCACAAAAGAGGAGUGGAUCUUUAAAUAGAGAUAUUCAGAAAUUAAAAAUAUUCAUGAUGCUUUAAUUGAUUAAGGAUAUAGAGGAAAAUUACCACCUUUUCCAACUCGUAAACUAUUUGGAUAAACUAAUGAAAAUCCAGGUUUUAAUUUAUUUUCAUUUUUUUAGAAACAAUAGAAAAAAGACGAGAAGAUCUAGAAGUUUAUCUUAAUGCUAUUUUUAGUACAUAAGAAAUUUAUGAAAAUGAGAUUAUUCAAUUUUUGAUUUCAGAUUCUAAAAAAUAUUUUGAAACUAAUAAAAAAUUAGAAGAAUAAAAAAAAAAUAAUACAAGCUUGAAAUCUUAAGAAGAAAAAAUUGUUUCGUGA